GCGCGAUGACCACGACGCACGCGACGCGGGACACGGAGCUGCACGCCGACUGCGUCGAGAGCUGCCCCGUGCCGGGCCUCGAGCACCUCGUGGCCGUCGGUACGUACCACUUGACCAAGCACCCGGCGGCGCCUGGCGAGACGCCGCUGCCCGACACGCGCAGGGGUACGGUGCGGCUCCAUGCAUUAUCACGCGACGCCGCGAACGCCGUCGCCGUGACCGACGUAGCGACGCAUGUCAUGCAGAGUGGCAUCUUUGACAUGAAGUGGUCGCGCGACCGCGUGUACGAGAAGGCGCUACUGGGCCUCGCGACGGCGGCUGGCACGCUCGAGCUUCUCGCGUGGUCCGAGGACUGGAGCAACCGCGUGCACGCGACGCCCGACCCCAAGAUCGCCGUGAGCCAGUCCAACAGCAACCUCUCGGUGUGGCAACAGACGCCGUCCGGCCUCGAGGCCAUCCGCGAGUGGCGCGCCCACGACAUGUUUGGGCAAGACAUUGAGGUGUGGAUCACGGCGUGGCAUGCGCACGUGGAGCACGUACUCUACUCGGGCGGGGACGACGCCGUCUUCAAAGGAUGGGAUCUUCGCAUGGACCGACCGACCUUUCUCAAGCGCGACGUGCAUUCGAUGGGCGUCUGCAGCGUGCAGUCGCACCCGCUCGACGAGCACUUGGUGGCGGUCGGCAGCUACGACGAAGCGAUCACGCUCUGGGACGCACGCCACAUGUCGACGCCACUGCUGCGUCACGAGACGGGCGGCGGCGUCUGGCGUCUCAAGUGGCAUCCCGAGCAAAAGACGUGGCUCCUCGCGGCGUGUAUGCACAACGGGUUCCAGAUCCUCGACAUGUCGCCCGAAGGCUCCGACAUGCGCGUGCACUACACCAAGCAAACGUCGCUCGCGUACGGCGUCGACUGGUGGUACGGCGAGCCGUCGACGCGCACGGUCGGCAGUGGGUCGUUCUACGACCACUCGUUCCACGUCUGGUCGGCCGACGACUUGGCUAUGUGAGGUCCUACAAGGCCAUAAAUGACACAUUUGGUACCAUAACGUUAAAGGAUUCGUUGCAAA